ACGGAUAUCUCCUCGACCUCUUCGGCAAAAAUCAAGCUUGACACUCUUUGCCAUCUGACAGGAGUUCGGAGAAAGAAUCCGGUUCGACAGGGUACAAUGCUAUCCAGACGCUGCGCGGACGGCACAUCUGCCGCAACAUCCUUCAUUCAGCUCGCCAAACGACGAUACUCCGCGGCUCCCUUGCAUGCACAGCAAACACCUCUGGAAUUCCUCAUACCGCGCAGAGCUUCCCAGGCUUCACGACUCCAAAGUGCCUGCUCUCCCACUCGACUCGGACAGCGCUUAUUAAUAACACAAGUCUCGAAAGCAUCCUUUCUACCUAUCGGCCUGAAUUCACCCAGUCGACCGUUCACAGCCUCCACAGCCCGACUCGCCACAAUAUGCGUUCGAAAUCCCGUCAAGGAUGAAGAAGGCAAAGAAAUGAAGUUGGAGAUAACUCCACGGGCGGCUCAGCGACUCUCCGAAAUCAUGGCGAAGGACAAAAAUCCCAAUCUGGCGUUGCGGAUUCGAGUUGAGAGUGGAGGCUGCCACGGUUUCCAGUAUCUCAUGAGUCUCAUUACGAUGCCUACGGGAGAGGGACUCGAAUCAUCGACCAUUCUGAAUGAGGACGACAGCAUCUUCCAAUACGUCCCGGACGAAACGGAGUCUACUUCUCCGCCACCGAAUAGCCCGAAGAUCGUACUUGACGAGCCCUCACUGGAGCUGUUAACCGGCAGCAAGGUGGAUUUCACGCAAGAGUUGAUUGGGUCACAAUUCAAAAUUGUUGACAACCCAUACGCUUCGAGCAGCUGUGGGUGCGGGACAAGUUUCGAUAUUAAGGCGUAGACCUCAUUUGCAUUUGUCAAAUCUGCAAAACCGCGCUUAACUGAAGAUACUGGCUGAAGAUACCCACAUUGUAUGCUGCUCAAGGUGUCACGGGGA